AUGGCGAAAUCUCUAGCUGAGAAUUUAUCUAAAUCUGCAACAAAAGUUGUUGAUUACUUUUUAAAUGAUUUACAAUCAAAUGGAUCUUAUCGAACAGAAGCAAAAGAUUUAGCAUGUUAUUUUAAAUCACCAAUGAUGUUUAUUAGUGCUGGAUAUGAAAAACAAGCUAAUAAUGUAUUAGACUAUAUUAAAAAUACUUUUCUUAUUAAUGGUGACUUUCUAACAACAAUUGAUAAGAAAAGUGAUCAACCAGAAUAUAUCGAAUAUUGGGUUUAUAUAAAUGGAUGGAUUGUUCGUGCAGCACAAAAAUUGAAUCGAACUGAUAUAACGAAUACGGCAUCCAAUUAUUUAGAUGGAUAUUCUUGUGAGAAUGGUGGUUAUCUAACAAAUAAAAAUGAUACAAAUAAUAAUGGUAUUACUGAUAUAUUAACAACGGCAAAUCUUGGUCUUUUACAAUUAGAACGUGGUAAUAUUGAACGUGCUAUUAAAGCAGGUAAUUAUCUAUUGAAAGUAUUUGAAAAACAAUCCGAUUUAAUAAAUGGAUUAUAUUUACGUUUGGACAAAAAUGAUAAUUUAAUUACGAAUUAUUCAUCGGAUAUGUCAUGGGCAUAUAUUGUUCGUAAAAAUGAACCACAGCAAGCUUAUUUUAUGAUUGGUUAUCCAAUUGGAUUUUUAGUAUUAUUGUAUAAGAAAACAAAUGAUAAAAAUUUUCUUAAAGGUGCAAAAGAUUAUAUGAACUUUGCAUUAACAUGUAAUGAACAUGUUUAUUCAUCUAGUAUGAGUCAUAAAUUGGCAUGGUCAGCUGCUUUACUUUAUAAAUAUGAUGAUACAUUGAAAGAGAAAUAUUUGGAUGCUAUUGAAAAAAUUACUAAUUCUCUUAUGAAUCAACAAACUGAACCAGGCAUAUUUCCUGGAUCAAUUAAUUCAUCUUAUGAUCAAAGUGCUGAAAUUGGAUUUUGGUUUCUAGAAAUAGUUCACACCUUAAACGAAUAA